AUGGGUAGAGGAAGUAGCUGGGAAAUGUACAUGGGUAAUGCAAGCUCUAUGACACAGGUACCUACAGGCACAUCGGACAGCAGUCUACGUUCACUCGACGACCUCUUCCUCGAAGUAUUUCGACUCACAGCAAGGGCGUUUGAGCGAGUCGACGAGCCCGCGGGAGAUAGACUCGCUAGGAUCAAGGCGACGCAGUUCAGCGACGCAGUACCUUCGGACACGACUGUUGGUCGCGCGAACUCGGAGCAAGCGACGGCGCACCAGUACGACAGGUCGGAAGGAGUUGCAGUGGCGAGCAGAGGGCGACACGAGCAACCAGCUAGGCGAACAUCACUGCACCAGUUCAGCGUAUACGAGCGUGUCGUGACGGAAGAUAGGCGAGCGACUUCAAGGGUCGGGGCCUGUCAGGUGAACGUCAACCUGAGGACACUUGAGAGGUCAGGAUACGAGAGCCGGAGCGAACGUUCAACCGGCAGAGCCUGGAGUCCGGCGAGUAACCAAGCAAGCGAGCAUGGGACUCGGGGAGCGGGGCCAACGACCGUCACUAGCGUCGAAUACGAGGAUCUCUGUACGCAAGACAGGCACGCGCGGGGGUCAGGGCAGCGGACGUCAUGGGCCAAGGUCAAGGCUGUGACGAGGACGUACACGACAGACUACCGCGAGUACCAGGUGCAUCGCCACGGUGCCGAGAGAGAGGAGGUCGGAAAGUUGCUGGCGGUGCCGAAACGAGUCUUUGUGGUCGGGGACGAGGACCAGCGACCCGAGGAGCGGACUGGAAUGGAAACACGAGCAUCAGAGCAGGUGCAAGGUAUGACUGCGGAGGUCGGACUCACGGGUGGAAGCGAUACGGCGAGCGACGCGUGCCUUGCAGUGGUCGCGGAGACCACGCUCACCUAUGGGAUCUCCUCGACCGACUACGCGUACCCCGGACCUUUACCUCCCUCCGCGAGACCUGCCCUGUGUGCGCAGGAGCAUGCGACGAGCGCAUUUGAAUUCGGAGUGGACGACGCCCCCCUUUUGGACACACAGCGGGGCGGUGAUGGACACGACGGCGGCACGGAGCGUGUUGACUUGGCGAGGGUUCAGCAAGGGAGAAUUGUCGCGAUGAGCGAGAUGGAGUACAACGAGAGCUCGAGCGAGAAUCACGAGCAGCCGCAGGCAGAGUCGGCGGAGAGAGGACGGUGGCGAGGGACGAUCGCUCAAGCGCCUGAACCACGGUCUGCACAGUCUACUGGCGCCUCGCUGGUCGCCCAGGUGGAAGAUUUGGCACGUGCGUUCUCGCCGCUCCCACGUCUCUGCAAUACUAGCAGCUCGUUUGCGUGCAGCUCUACGUGGCGAAGUGCGAGAUGCCCUGCGGUGGCUCAUACCGGCCAGGCAGCAAGAACUGAGGGAACCACGCAGGGGACAUACGAGCGGCAGUGUCACGCCCAGUCGAGCCUACCUGGAGCAUACAUCCGAUGCAGGCAAUUCAGCGGCGCGCAGGAUGCCAGUGUCUCCGCGUCGGAACGUACGGGCGAGUGGGAACGGUUCGAGGGUGAAAGAGGGGUGAGACGGACUGGUCAAUGGGCAAGUGAGUCGCCGGAACAGUCAAGACUGAACGAAUGCGACGCAGCAGGUCUGGGCAUCGACGUGCAUGCACCUCCGCGCCAGCAGGCGGACCCGGCGAUCGCAAACUCAUUACCGGAGGGAACACUCACUCACGGACCUGUUCCAAGGCAAGAAUUGAUGAGGCAGGCGAGCUGGUUCCGCAACUCACAGUCAGAGUACUACCCGGACUCGAGCUCACCCCGCUCUCAAGUCAUGCUAAGCCAGUGCAUGGUGUCGGAACGAGCGACAGGCGGAAGCAGGAAGGACAGCGUUGAGAGUCUAGCGACGGACACGGAAUGGACGGGGUUCGAGCACGGCGCGUUACGGAGGAAACAAGACGAGUUAAAGAAGACGGCGAGACGGAGCAUUGCCGGGCGGGAUGGUCCCUCGGAGGGAAGGAAGCAGAACGCGGAGGGAGCGCCAACGUUCGGACGAGUCUCAACGGAGGCUGGAAUCACCGAUAAAGCCCCCACGACCAGUCGCUCACUUGCGGGACCGUUGUUCUCGCAGACCUGGGCUAUCGCAUUGGCACGGAAGGAGACGGUACACGUAGGCGAAGCUUCAGUAGGAAGAACGUCCAUUCCGGAGCGAUCUAAGGAGGAGGAGGAAGGCAGCUGCCGUCCACAAGCAUCUGAAGCGGAGGAGGGUCAAUAUGAUGCGGAGUUAGGGCCUGCUUUGGACACGAUGGGACAUAUCGAGGACACGCAUACAGGAAUUCAAGCUCGAGUUACGCGGAGGGCCGGAGGAAAGAGCAUCUAUUACGAGGCUACCUACGACAGACGGACGAGCCGAACCAUCACGCCCACGGGAGAGUCAAGGCACGCCUGCUCGGAAGUCACAGCGAGCCAGCAUGUUCUGUCUCUCCAGGCGGGACACGAGUACGGGAGCGAGAACAUGGAGAGCCAAGCCGUUGCGGAUACGGCACGGGCGAGCUCAGAGAUGGAGGUGCGCCGGAGGAAACAGCAAGAACAAGACGGUCCUCUGGAUGCAUCGAGGCGACAAGUUGCGGAUUCAGACGGGCAACGGGAGCUAUGGGAGGAACGUAUGGAGGAGAUGCAGACGUCCGGAUGCAGGUCAACACUCGAGAUCGCCUGGCGAUGCGCGAAACAACUAGCAGGUAGCGGAGACCACGUCGCGGAAGGAACGGCAGGCGAACCUCGGUAUCGAGAGCGUGCGGACAACGACAGCAGCGCGGGACGGAGGGAGCACGAGAAGGUUGGAGGGCUCGUGGUGGCCAUGAGACGAGUUUCCAGACGAGCCGGUAGGCGGGACGUCCAGCCACAGGACCCAGACGAGGCGCACACACACGGGCAGCUGGCCAGAGCAAGGGAGGAGAACGGACUCGCGAGCAGAUUCCUUACGGUGAAUGGUUCGAUGUGCAUGUACGAGCUGCAGGGGGCGAAGGACAAGACUGCCGACAGCAAGCGUGCCGAGGUCCGGGACGUCGAUGGUAGCCAGUCGGAGGAGGCGGAGUUGGGCGAGAGAGCAUCCAGGGUGACGAUUGUUCAACUGCAUGGACCAGGGCCGGUGCUGUUCACGCCCGGGGUGCUAGUCUCUCGAGCCGCGGAGGGGGUACAUGCCAUCUCGCGUUGCCUGAGGUCAAUCCGGACCCCCGAUCUAUCGAGCUCGCUCGCGUACAACACCGUCUGGCGACACACGCUACAAGAAGCGACGGGUGGUAGUCCAGCGAUUGGGCAAGGUGGAUGUUGCACGCGGGAGCCGGUGCAGUUUCGAGGCAACAAGGAGCGAACGGAGACGACUAAGUGCUGGGGCAAGUGGUACAAGCGCUCGGGGAUGAAUCAUGGCAGGACGGAGGCCGGGGAGGGUCGGAAUUUACUGAGGGUGAAGGCACACGGCUCAUUGGACGAUGCAGAAGAGCGAGUCAGGACAAUCGAGGUACAAUGGACCGAGCGAGCGACACGUGCGCGGAAGAUGGGUCGUAGAGCCAGUGCAGCAGUAGAGACCUGCGCCAAGGUGGAGGAAAGCCCACGGACGCACAGUAUCACACCGGAGUGUAGCAAGGCGGGAUAUUCCACGAGACCUCAAGUGCGACCCGGAAAGCUCUUGCGAAGCGACGAGGGAAGGUCCGGGAAUGAGCCACUAGUCGAGACGCAAGCGAGCAAGAAGGGGAGGGGCAGGUGUCGGAUUGUGACGGACACGUGCGUAGGGAGCCAGCCGAACAACCACACGAGAGAGGACCCGACGGCGAGAGAUGGUAGUCCAGGGAACGAGCCGAGCGAGUCUGACGACAGACGACUGCGAUUGGACGUGCCAGAGACGGCGAACGGCUGCGGGCUGGGCGAGUGCAGGCCGCAAGAGGUGUCUGGCGAGGGGGUUUCAUCCGAGGCUAGGGGUGGACGUAGGGAGGUACGAGGUCCGGGACCGGGAAGCGAGCAAGCCGAGUUCGAGCGGGAAGGUUGCGUAUGUCAAGACCGGAGCCCAGGAGCAAGUCCAGAACGAGGACGGACCGGGGAAACAGGGUCCGAGGAUACGAAGGCGACUUGCGACGAGUACGUGCAGACCGAGCACAAGGGAAUGGGCGAGUGGAUGCAGGACAGCGACCACGAAGUCAAGCCGUUGCAGGUGAACACUGGCAUGGUCGAGGUCAGUAAGCCGACCAGCGCUCUCGUAGACGUACCCGAUGUAGCUCGGGAAGGGUCUGUGGCGGACAGGCCGGCGCGCGGUCGCAGGGGUACGGACCAGGCUGUGAGUUUGAAGGCGAAGUCAGGGGAGGCCAAGGUGGUUGAUGAACAUGCCGAACGUUGCGAGGUUGCGAGAUCAUGGGGUGGAGUAAGGGCAUUGGCAGGCAUGUCAUGGGAAGACGGACGUGCCGAGCUUGGGAGAACAGGCGAGAGCCACGCGGAGGAUAGCGAAUGUGAGGGGGUCUCGCCAGUGAACCGGGUCGAGAUCAGUCAGUCACACAGGCUCAAGGCGGACCUCGCGGACGUACAUGCACGCCGCGAGACGGACCAGGCCGCGAGCUUCAGAGCGGCAGAAUCGCAGGGUUCAACUGAGGCGUCAGCACGGACAUCGGGAGAGAGCGGACGUGUUGCCAGUGAGUGCGAGAGAGAGGGCGAGUGCACGCAGGAUGGGGAUAGCGCGACGGUUCUACAGGUGAACUCGUACGGGAUUAGCAACCUAGACGGAGGACUGGUGGGCUCACCAGACAUACCAAGGCGUCGACACGUAACGGUGGCGAGGGAUGUUGCGCAGGCUACCGCGGAGUCGGACGGGCAAGAGCCGGGUCCUCAUGCAGGAUUUGUCGAAGUCAGCCAGCCAAAUGGACUCCCGGGAGACAUGACGGACCAACCAUCACGACGAGAGAUGGGGGAGGGGCACGUACGAGCUCACGGCGACGCGAACCAGCUGAGUAGUGGGGAGCCCGAGUCAGCUGAUGAAUGCGCUGGACAUGGCGGCGUUCGGGAGGCUACGAGACCGUGGAGUCGAGCUGCAAUGUCAACACGGAUUGGCACGUCGGGAGGGAAUGGCCAUACUGAGUGUAAGGGAGCGAGCACGCGCGCGCAGGACAGCAAUAGCGAGGCUGUCUUGCAGGUGAACCUGCUCGAGAUGAGCGAGCCGACCGAACUCUGGGCGGACGUGAAGGACAUGCCAUUGCGACGAGGGGCGGGAGAGAGGUACGUACACGCGGGUGGGGAGACGAGUCAGGGCCAGAGCUCGAGGCCGAGUACGAGGGAGAUGAAGGAUGGAGGUGCGGGCAAGAUCCGGUGUGGUACGAAGUGGCAAGGGCUUGAAGCUUCAGCCGGAACGUCAUCAGGCAUGCGGAGGGGAUACGGGUGCACCAGACGUGGGGAAACGGGCACGUACACGGAGGAGGGUGGUGGCGAAGCGGUUUGGCAAGUUGGGAUCAUCGAGACCAGUUGGUCCACCAACACCUUCAAGGACGUACUGGACAUAUUGUGGCAGCGAAGUCUGGCGGGGGAUCUGUCAUGGAAGCGAAGGGAUGACGAACGCCACGGACACGAGGUUACCAGCAAAUACGAGCAGGAUGGCAAGUGCGAAGAGGUGCUACAGAUGGGAUUUGUCGAGAUCAGCCAGCAGAAUGGUUGCUUCGCGGACUCAGCAGACAUACCGGGGCAACGAUACCAUACGGGUGGGCUCGUGCACACAGAGAGCGAGGCGAACCAGCGCCCGAGUAUCAAGCCGAGUAUGGGGGAGCGGGCUGAUGAACAUACCGGCCGUGACGAGACGUGGAGGGCGUCGAGCGCGCAAAAGCACACCACGCGCUCUGAGAGUGAAUGGACGAGCAGUCAGGAAAAUGGACGCUUCACAGAGUCGGGCAACGUACCGUGGCAAGGACGCACGACGGGUGGGCUCGGAUACAAGCAGGGUAGUGAGACGAAGGAGGACAGGUGCUUCGAUUCGAGUAUGGUGGACUGUGACGAGGACAUCCGUCAGCCUGCGACGCAGUGGAGCAGGAAUCACGACAACGGACCUGAUCAGCGAGACACGACGCAGGGACACGGUGAACGGCCGGCAGGCAUGCACGAGGAACAGUGGGACGCGGAGCGAGGAUGUGGCGAACAGGCGAUUUCGAUGCACGACGAACAGCGGGAGGUGUUGACCUCUCAGUCGAGCUACGCGCACGACAGCACAGGCUGUAGGGAAGUCAGCGGGACGAUUGUCUCACCGGUUGAACCGCCACAGGGAUUGCAAACAGAAGGCGAUGUGGAGGUUCCAAGCGUUAGGAUGAACAGCUACGAGCCCGAGUCUGCGAGUCAAGACACGCCGGAAGAUGCCUGGCUGCUGGGAGACUUCGGCGAGUUCGACACCGAUACACUGGAGCAAACAUCCGAGGACGACCUCGUCGCAUGCUGGCACAUUGCAAAGGACGGGCGGCGGCUAUGGGGAUACAUUCCGCGAGCCGAAGCCGAGGCGGCCCUGCGCGAAGUUGAGCAGGCAGACAAAUGGAUCCCAGAGGAUGACACACGCACCGUUGACGAGGAUACCGAGCGGAGCAAAUGGCUAGCGCAGUACCUGGUACACGAGUGCGUACGACUCGGGGUAGAUGUCUCGGAUAACCCAAGGAGCGAGGACUCGACGCAGUGCGAGACUGGGCAAGCAGGCCGCCCAGGAAACCCGAAUGCGCAUGGUCCGGCGGAACGUGAGCGACCACAGAGUGCGGAUCCGAGUAUGGGGAGCCUCGUGGUCAGCCGGACAGGGUGGUCGAAGCGGGAGAACGUGGACUGCAAGAUGCACGAUGACGGGCUAGUAAGCUGUUGUCACCUCGACGACCACGGGCAGUGGAUCAUCGAAUUUCUUCCGCGCGACGAGUCGAAGAGGGCGGUUACAGAGGCAGAUCAGCAGUUGCGCGGUGGGUUCAUGCGCAGUUUGGUUGCGACGAGAGGACACACCGCAGACAACAUCGACCGGAACAAUCGACAGUACCAGGCGCACAAGCAGGCGAGGGACGACACGAUGGCCUCGGGCAACGCGACCGUCGCGGACGAUCAUAGACUCGGACUCGCCGGAGAGUGCCUACUCGUCGAGUGCGCUGAGCUCAGGGUCCCAGAAGAGGUCUGCGAUGAAAAACUAGUCAGCUGCUGGCACUUGGAUGAGAACGGGCAUCGGAUCGUGGAGUACCUGCCGUGCGCAGACACAGAGAGGGCAAUGGUCAAGACCAAUCAAGACUGCGGCUGGCUUGACGAGGACGACGGUUGCACGCACGGUGUAAGCGGAGUUUGGGGACACGAUAUAGAAGACGGCGAAGCUAGUGGGCUUGCAACCUUUAUGUCGCAGUGGAUUGCCCUUGGUUAG